AUGAUCAAUGACAGGUGGCUAUUGCUCGAUCCUGGAACGAUACUUCUGUUUGCUUGCGCUUCAUUUACUAUAUACUAUGGCACGAUACGAUCAUAUCGUUUCCACUCUGACAACUAUGAGACCUCAGAACAAAUAGAACUACCUAGAUAUGCUUACCUACUCAUACCUGUGUUUGGUUCAUUGGUAAUGCUAACAUUGUAUUACUUCUUGGACCACAUAUAUAAGUUGUUGGUCGUCUUCACAUCGAUUACAGCUACCUUCUCUGUUGCCUAUACAAUAUUGCCAUUUGUCGAGUCGUAUACACCUCCAAGGAAAAUGACCUUUGGAAGAGGAGAAGACAGCAUUGUGAUCACUAUGGGCAUGGUCGUCUCACUUGUUGCAUCAUUAGGAGUGAUCGCAAUCUGGGUAUUCUAUGACAAUGUGACCAUUGUGAACAGUAAGCAAGAAGGCAGUUCUAUUGAAGGAGUUGGAUGGUAG